AUGCUCGACGUGAAGUCACUCCAAGCUUUCGUCAUACUAACCGAUCAUCUCCCUCUCUCGAAAUGUGCAGCUGUGAUGCAGAAACGACAUCGACCGAAAUUUCACGAGCAAGCGUUGGAGGGCCUGCGAUCGUCAGACCGGCGCGUUCGCUUGGCCGCAAGUCGGGUCGUAUGCCGGUUAUUCGACUGUCAAUCAUCGCAUGUGGAACCAAGAAUCGCCAAGUCGAAUCGCUCGCUCCUUAUACAGAAAACCAGGAUGGUGCUUCAACUCGGUAGCUCGAUCCAGGAAACGGCGUUGCUCACUUUGGGUCACAUAGGAAGGGAGGCUCCCGAUGAGUUGUUGCUUUCGGUGCUACAACCUCUUCUUCUCGCCCUAGGUUCGGUCGAAUCACCUUUGAGAAGCUUGGCGUACUCCGAGUUACUGGCUAUAGCCAAGCAUCGGAACAAAACGCCCUAUACUCUGCUCUCCUCAUCUCUUGAUCAGAUCAGUCUGCAACUCGCCCAGAACCUUGUGUCAUGCCCCGAUUUCGUCUCCGAGACCAUGCACUUCAUCGGAUUCUCUCGUCAAAACUUCUUUGAAACGACUCUCCGCUUCACUGUCCCGUCGCUGGUCCUCACGUGCAGCAAGAAAGAGCUCGAGACUCUUUCCUCCAUCGUGCAAGAAGGGCUCGGGGUCAUUCUUCUAGAUAAUAUUGCCGAGAUCCUGGCGAAAUUGUUCCUCGACCCCAAGCGAACGGACGGGAGUUUGACCUUCCUGGUUGACUUGCUUAGGAACCUCACUCGUCAUAAAGCAAUGGAUUUGUCCGUGUCUUCCCUCAUGUCGACCUGCAUUGUCCCUCUCAUAUGCGCCAUGGUAGUCGAAUUGGGCAACGAAGAUGCCUCAGUUCGGUCAAAUGCCAUCCGAGCCCUGUCAAAGGCUCAGAGAGCUCAAGGUUCCCUUCGAAAAGAAGCCGAUUUAGGCACAUUCCUUAAACCCCAUAUGUUGGGCGUCAUCUCUCAUCUUAAUGAAACGCUUCACGAUAUACAAGGUCGCAAGUCUGUGGAGUACAAACGAAAGGUCAUUCGCAGCAUGGGCGAACUCAUCCGUACAGUAGGGGACUCAAUGUCAUCAUUCUCCCCGCAGGUAGGUCAUAUUGUCGCGAGUCUACAAAGCACCCUGGCGGUCGCCGAACUCCGUAAAGAAACUCUUCAAACGUGGGAGACCUUCAUCAGUACUUUACGAUUCGUCGAUGUCGGGCCCUUCGUCGGCCGGACGACCAGCGCGUUAUUGUCAGGCUGGAAGACCUUUGACUCGGUGGAGAAGCUUCAAGCUGUUGCCAUAAUCAACAAUAUCGCCGAUAAUGUCGAACAUCUCGCCAGUUAUCGCGAUGAGAUUGUUAGCUUGGAUGGAAUUCCGGAAUUAACGCAUGCUGCACGCAAGCUUACCGACCAACGCAGAAACUGGCCUUUGCAGAGGAGGAUAGAAAACCUGAUAGAGCGGAUCAACAGCAAGAACGUCGCCUUGGCGACCACUUCAAUGUCGGAAUUACGAAAUGUUUUGCUCAACCGCCAGGAUGAACUUCGUGCCCUGUCCCGGGGCGAUACAUUCGAAACCAUCAUCGCUCGCCUCAUUCGUAGCCUCAUGUUAGCCAUGGCUAGGGACAGCGAUUAUGAAGAAAUGCGCGAGUCCGCAUAUGAAUGUUUGGGAAUAUUGGGAGCACUUGAUCCUGAUCGUUUACCUUCCUUACCUGAACCACCUUCGAUGACACUCAUCAAUAACUUCACCGAUGGCGAAGAGGCGAAAGAUUUCGCAGUACAUCUCAUACGCGAUCUCCUUGUGGAUGCCUUUCACGCGACAAAUGAUACGAAACAUCAAAUACAUUUGGCUUUUGCAAUACAACAAUUGAUGAAAUUCUGUCAAUUCACUCCCGCAAUCCUCCUUCCUCGCAAUACUGUCUCUCUUAGUACUCGAAGCAAAUGGGAAGCCAUCCCUAAGGACCAGUAUGAAAUCCUCACCCCUUUACUAGAAUCUCGGUAUACUCUGAAAGACGUACCUCCCAGGGAAUACGAACAUCCCAUAUAUCCAUCCACACCAACGUAUCGAGAAUGGGUCCAAAAAUGGAGUGCAGAUCUGUUGGGUACGAUCCUUGCCAUAAACCCUGUCAGUCCUGCGAUCACCAAUAGUCGUGAGAUCUUUGGAGUUUUCCGCGGAGUUCUACGCAGUCAAGAUGUUACCGUCGCCCAUCACAUACUUCCUCACUUGGUCCUGACAGUGCUCCUUUUUGGAUCUUCAGAUCACCGGACAGAAAUUUGUUUUGAAAUCAAUACGGUCUUGCAAGAUCAAGUCAAUCCCACCGGUACAGUUGACAAACGAACUCUCAGCGCUCAAGUUGUCUUUGACUUGAUGGAUUAUCUCAGCAAGUGGUUGAGAACGCAACGAACCUCACGUAGUGACUCCAAGUCUAAAACUGCGUCCGCCAAUACCUUCGUCAAAGUUGUGGAGCAAGUCUUGUCCAGCAUCGAAACUGAGCUCAUGGCAAAUGCGGCUUUACAGAGUAAAGCAUACGCUCGUUCUUUGCGGGGGUUCGAGCAACGUAUCAUUCAAUUGCGACUGGAGAAGCGACCCAACUUUGAUCUUCAAAUCUAUUUCGAGAGAUUACAUCAGAUCUAUGCGGAGCUCGAUGAACCAGAUGGAAUGGAAGGAGUUUCAGCAUUUGUUCUCUCUCCCUCUCUCGAGCUACAGAUCAGAGAACAUGAGAGUACAGGUCGUUGGACAUCAGCUCAAAGUUGCUGGGAGGUUCGUCUUCAACAGUCACCCGACGAUAUCUCACUGCAUGAAGGUUUGCUCAAAUGUCUCAAGAGUCUAGGCCAUUAUGACACUCUUCGAACUCAUAUUCGUGGAGUGCUCAGUCGUCAUCCCGACUGGUCAGAUCGUCUUGCAGCCUACGAAGCUGAAGCUGCUUGGAUCAUAGGCGAUUGGAAUACGGUGGAACAAGUGGGUGACCGAGGUCCUGCUAUAGGCAGAGUCUUGUCUACUUUACGUGAGAAAGGUGAUUUCCCAAACAUGCUGAAACAAGCACGCGCUCAAGUUGGCGGCGAUCUCAAAGUCAGCCAGUACGGUCGAGGAUACGAUCAUGUUCUUCAACUACAUCUCUUACGGGAAGUCGAAAUCAUUCAUCAAGCACAUACGAAGAUUUCAACAACCCAUCCAUCGGCAAAUCGCCUUGUUAUAUUGCAGAAAGACGUGGCGGACUUACGCAAGACCCUCAAUGAACGGCUAUCUACAACUUCUCCGGCGUUCAGACAUCGCGAGCUCAUUCUCAGCAUUCGCAGGACUACCUUCAGUCUACUUAAAACUCCGAUUCUCAAGGACGAACUCGGACUCGCAUGGAUAUCGACGUCUAAAGCCGCCCGGAAAGCGGGCUACGAGCAGACUGCCUACAGUGCAGCACUACAAGCGAGAGAGAUGGACGCACCCUUUGCUUUCAUACAGCAAGCCAAAUUACUUCGCUCGAAUGGAGAUGCUUUCAAAGCCUUGAUAGAUCUCAAGAACUCGGUGACACCUUUGUUACAACAAACACAGGAGACCACGGACUUUACUAGGGAUCGAAAUCUUGCUAAGGCUGUCUUACUGGAAGCUAGAUGGGCAAAUGAAACUGAUCGUUUCGAGCGUAACGACAUCAUAAGGCGAUUCGUGGACGCGAUUCAGCUAGCCCCAACUGCUCAAUACAAUUAUCAUACUUGUCACAACUACAUUCAAGCGUUGCUUCAUGGUGUCAAAUACAUUUAUCAGACCAUGCCCAGAAUGCUCACCAUAUGGCUGGAUUUAGGAGAAAGCAAGGAUCUGAAGAAAUCAUCCGAGACGCAACAUUACUUGGAUAAGAUUACCGCUUUAGUAGAUAAGGCGAGGAAAGAGCUGAAGGUUUACCAAUUCUUCACUGCCUACCCUCAGAUCGUAUCACGAAUAGGUCAUCUGAAUCGAGAGGUUGCGGUGGUCCUGAGGAAGAUCAUGGCUUUGGUCUUGGCCAAAUACCCUCAACAGGCCAUGUGGCCAACAGUGGGGGUCAUGCAAUCCAAUAGGCCUGAAAGGAAAUCAGUAUGUGAAUGGGUAUUGAGGAGAGCACAAGUAACUUAUGAGUAUCAGCAAACCGAUCCUAACAUCGGACCACUCCUGAAUGAUGCGGAACGUCUUUCCCGACAACUAUUGAAACUUGCGGAUGACAAGUCGGAAGACAAGAAACGAGAAGUGACGAUCAGUGGUCGAUUCGCCUAUGUCAAAGAAGCUUUCCCAUGUCGGAUGAUUAUGCCACUUCAAGAUUCCCUCGUCUGUUCACUUCCUGCGCCAGGAGAUGACAUCAAUUCUCAUAGACCCUUCCCAGUUUCUCAAGUUGGAAUACAAGAUAUUGCCGAACGAAUCGACAUUAUGCCUUCUUUACAAAAACCAAAGAAACUCACUUUUGUGGGAACCGACGGAAAACUUUAUCCGUUCCUUUGCAAACCUCAUGACGACCUACGUAAAGAUGCCAGAUUGAUGGAUUUCAACUCGAUGAUUAAUAAAUUUCUCAAGAGUGCUUCGGAAUCUCGUAGACGUCAACUUUAUGUGAGAACAUACGCCGUCAUGCCUUUGAACGAAGAGUGUGGUUUACUCGAAUGGGUCAGUCAUACGAAUGCAUUGAAGAAUAUCGUAGAGAAAGGUUAUGCCAGAUAUGGAAAGAAACUCUAUGUGAUUUUCAAUGAAUGGUUUCUUGCCACUUGGCCAGAACCUUCAGCUUGGUUGGCCAGUCGAAUGGCCUAUGCCCGUACACUGGCUGUCAUGUCUAUGAUUGGAUAUGUGCUAGGUUUAGGGGAUAGACACGGGGAGAAUAUACUCUUUGACGAGUUGACGGGCGAUACGGUGCAUGUGGAUCUGAACUGUUUGUUUGAUAAGGGUAAAACGUUCGAGAUUCCCGAACGAGUGCCAUUCCGUCUAACACAUAACAUGGUCGAUGCUCUCGGGGUGACAGGGGUGGAAGGCGUCUUCCGAAAAGCGUCAGAAAUCACUUUGUCAAUCCUCCGUUCAAACAGCGAGGCUCUCAUGUCGGUGUUGGAGGCGUUUGCCCAUGAUCCCUUGGUAGAAUGGGCCCGACGAGCUAACAAGAGCAAAUCUAGUAAAGACAUCCGUACCACUGCGGAGAGUAACCUCAAACCGAUCAGAGCCAAGUUGAGGGGAAUCAUGGCUGAAAACACUGUCGUCUCUGUUCCCAAUCAAGUCGACACUCUUAUCAAAGAAGCGACCAACACCACAUCUCUCGUGAGUAAAUGUCCACCUGACCCUCGUCUUCUCUUGCGUAGCUGA